AUGGCUCGGGAAGAGACCAAAUGGUUCGUGCUACUUGUCCUUUUGGUGGCAUUCGUACUGGCUCUAGUAGGAUUUGCCACGCCUAGCUGGAACAAGAUCUCCACAAACUCCACUACCACCCCGACAAUCACUGCCGGAUUUUUCGACGUAUGCGUUUCCAGCACGUGUAGAAGAUAUCUCGAGUACUUUUCCUUGACCAAAUACAGCGACGACCUAAUUGGCUGUAUCGUCUUCUGUGCUUUCGGAAUCUUCUUUAUCGGUCUCGCCCUUCUCUUUACUUUCUGUUCCGUGUGCCGCUGUGACGAACUCCAGGGAGACUGUGGAGGAUGUCGGACCGACAGGAGGCGCUAUCUCUAUGUAGCAUGGUUUACCUUAAUUGGAGGUCUUUUGCUGAUCACGACUGUGAUUUGGUUCUACAUCAGCCAGAUACGUAAUCAGGGAGGCUUGUAUGGGAUUACUAAUUCCGUGACUAACAAGGUGGAUUACUCGCUAGCUUUGGUUGCCGCUGCCGGAGCUGUCGCCGUAGUACUUGCUGUCAUCAUUUUCCUCGUGCGUCUACGGAUGUAUGAUUAUUACGAAGACGAGGAAUACGAACGCCGUCCUCGCAAAAGAGCUCCUCCUGUUAUAUAUAUGCAAGAGCCUCCAAGGAUGCCCCGCGCAGAGCCACCGCCGUACGUGGUGGCACCUCCCAACUCCUACAGGUACUCGUACAAGAAUGAGCCACAGUACGUAGAGUACGGCAGCAGGCGAGCGGCUUACCCUGACAAGAAGAAAUACCUUACAUACGGGGAUUAUUAG